AUGAAGUAUGGCGCAGCUCUCCGCCAGGAUUCCAUNCCCGCAUGGGCGCAUCGUAAGAACCUCUCGCUCAAUUGCACCUCGACCUCACUGACCAGCCAGACNAACGUCGACUACGAUGACGUGAAGCACUACAUCAAGGAGAACACAACCGCUGGGAACGGCAACAGCAUUUCCAUACCCGGAGCCGGCGAUGUCAGGGGGAAAGAGCUCGAGGACAACCUCUACGGCAUCCUGCAGCAACAGCAUCAGAGAAUCACCUUGUUUGUGAGGAGCAAGACGGGCGAGAUUGAGAGGCGGUUGGACCACCUUCGCAAGCAGACCGCAUUGCUCACGUCAAAACCCGCCGUCAACGGUCGCAUCCCUGCGAGGCGUCUCGAAAAAUAUGGCCGUCUCGAGGCCGAUAUCCUCAAGUGA